AUGGCUACGAACAGUACAACAUCAUCAACAUUUGAAAAUAAAACUUCCGAUAAAUCGUCAAAAAAUAAAGAAGAACUUUUAAAUGAAAUUCUAACUUGUGGUAUAUGUCUAUCACGUAUGUCAUCACCUUGUUGUCUUCCAUGUGCACAUGCAUUUUGUCGUACAUGUAUAAUUAAUUAUGCUGAAAAUAAUAAUAAUGUAAAUACUCCUACAGAAAUUAAUUAUAUUCGUUGUCCAUAUUGUAAAUUUCAAUUAAAUUUUUCUUCAUUAAAAUAUUUGGAAUCAAUAUUAAUUAUUAAUCCAACACUUCGACAAUUAUGUGAAGUACUUGAAACAUCAAAUUUAAAUUCGAAUCAAACAAAUGGUACAUAUAAUGCACGAUGUCAUACAUGUUGUUCACUUGAAAUGCUUAAAGUUUGUAAACAUUGUUAUUUUAUGCUUUGUGAUAAAUGUCGUCGAAUACAUUUAUUAGAUGUUCAUCGAGAAAGUAAAAUACAAUUAGAUAUACUUGAUACACGUUUACGUUUAAUUAAUGAAAAACGUUCACAAAUGGAUAAAAUAACAGAAGAAUAUGAUAAAAUGAGACAACAUAUAAAAAUUUCUAGUAAAAAAUUAAUACAUACAAUUGAACAACAAUGUAAUCAAGCUUUAGAAAGACUUGAUGAACAACAAAAUUUUAAUGAUGAAACAUUUUGGAUAGGUAAUGGUUUUGAUAAUGGAGAAAAAUUAGAUUUUUUUAUUUCAUUACUUGAUAUUGGUAAAAAUAAAUUAUCAAGAAAAAAUAUAACCGAUAGAGAUCUGAUGGAAUUAUAUGAUAAUUUACAAACAAUUCCUGAUGUAAAUGAAAAAUUAAUUGAAUCAAUGAAUUUCAAAGAAUUAUCUUUAAUAGUUGAUGAUACAUUCUUAAAGAAACCAUUUAUUCGUGUUUAUGAUAAAGAUUUAUCAACAAUGACAAAAGAUAUUUCCGAGAAAUUAACAACUGAUAAUGAACAGACAAAUUGUAUUAAAACAUAA